AUGAGCCCAGACACCAUUGACAACAGCCCCUGCGGAGAGGAGACAGCUGCACUUAUCAGGUUAUACACAUUUACAACAGAACCAGAGGACAUUGUGCUAAUGGCAACAAAAGACAUGGACGUGGAGAGCCAGCAAAGAGCGCCCCGGGGCCGGUGUCUGGACUGCUGCCUGCUGGUGUCUGUGCUGGUGCUGUUCGCGGGGGUCGCAGGGGUCGCGGGAGUGGGGUUCCUCAUGAUCCACGACCUCCAGAGGAUGAUGAACCUGCGCCCACCGCCCGACCACCCUCUACAGCCGCAGCUGCCCCAGGCGGCCAUGAACAGAGGAGAUGCGCCCGAACGCUUCUUUAAGAUGCAGAAUUUUGCAUACCUGGAAGCCACUUCAAGUGAGCUCAAAAAUCACACUAUGCCAUUGGAUGUAGUGUCUUUUCUGGAUGCAGAGUCUGUGGGCAGUAACUUUGAGUGGAAUCCCGUGGAUCACUCCCUGCGGGCCAAACAGGGGGGCAGUUACUUCUUGUACGUGGAGCUGAAUGUGACGUGUGGCUGGACGUGCGCCGCAGGGGUCUUCAGGGUGCAAGUGGGGAACAGUCUGAGCUGCACCGUGGAUCUUCCCCACUCCUCCUCCUCAGAGCCCGUCCUCAGGAGGUGCUGGACAGUCAGUGCUCUGGCCACAGACUCAAAGCUACUGCUGAAGAUGUCUCUCCCUCAUGGACCUCUGCCCUCCUGGAGGCUGGAGCUGCGGGGCUCUGGAGUGGGCAUGUUUCUGGUCGGCUGA